AUGGCUGCGUCUCGCCGAGUCGUUCGACAGGAGAGCACUAGCAGCAGCAGUAGCAGUGAAACAGAGGAGAGCGAAGAAGAGGAGGAGGAAGAACAGGCCGCACAAGACGAACAGAAUAAUGUGGUUGAGAAAUCAAAGUCCCGAUCCGCAGCCAAUGCGACAAAGACCCAACCCAAAAUUUCUGCUGUGACCUCCGGAGCUUCCGAGGCGUCAAAAUUCCUCCUCCUCUCCGUCGGUGACGGCAGCAGUGGAGGCUUCCUCUGCAAACAAGACUUCUGCACCGGAGGAAGUGGCCGCCUCGGCGCAAAUCACCAGCACUGCCGCAUCAACAGUGGUAAACAACGACAUGACCAUGACUACUGCCUGUUUGCCUAA